CAGGGAAUAAACAAAGAAUUUGGGAGAAAUCAAAAAGAUGGAUAAUAUGGCAGUGGCAAAUACAACAGAAUUAAACACGUUGCUUUUGACAUACAUAAACACAAAUCAACCAAGUAACACCACCAUCACCAAACCCGUAGAUAUAAUGGAAGUGGUGUACGUCCUCCUUCUUUUGGGAUUUUUUGGAUUUUUUACAUUUGGUAUAAUGUUCAGUUACAUCCGCUCCAAAAAGCGGGAGCAUUCUGAUGAUCCCUAUAAUACGUACAUCGCUAAAGACUGGAAAAAAAAUGAAACGCUACCAAUCGCUGUGAGACUGGCAUCCUCAUGUUAUAUCGCAGAAAAUCAGUUCGCAGCGGAGCAGCCUACCACGCAGCUACCAUCCAUAAGCACGAACUAAUGGAACAUGCAACACAAACUGUGACUUGGUUGCCUGGUCUCAUUAUUAUCAGGAAAAUCACACAUGGAAACAAACUGUUGUAUAUAUAAUGUACUGGGUAAGCACAACUGGAACCCAAUCACUGAACGGACACUAAUUGAUACAUUUUUUAAGUUUCAAAGUCAGAAAUGUAUUGAAAUUUUUAGUCUUUAUGCACACACUUUUAUCAUGCUCAAUUCACUGUACGAGACUCAGAAUUUUGCCAACUCUGCAAAUAAUAGAGCAUUUGGAACCCUAUUGAAAGAGAUACAGUAUUAUUCUUGCAGGUUUUAUGUUAUUGAAACAGAACAUGCUCCAUGAUAGUCCAUUUAAUACACCUUUGUGGAAAUAUUUAUUUUAAUAAAGGCAUGCUCCCACUGUGUGAAAUACAAUUGUAAUAUCUAAAAUUAUUUUUCAGGCUAGCCACAUACAUAUACAAAACUCUCAGCCAUCUCUUCCCAGUUUUAGCUGUUUGUUCAUCUCAACAAUUUUACCCCUCCCUUCUCCCAGGUCUUAUUUUACCCCAGGGGACACAUGACGGAAGUUUUUCAUCAUGCUAGUCUUUUACUUCCGAUGCUGUGUCCUUAAGGGGUUAAAUACAGAGAAGAGUUAAAAUCCCACAAAGGUUUUCUCCUUUUCUGGUCUCCAGGUUUUAAAGGGAUUCUAUAGUGCAAGGCUAGCAAAGAUGUUUCCUGGCACUAUAGAACCAUACAGUGCUCCCCUCCCUCGCACCGCUCCCAUCCCUCUCAUGCCGCUGAAGUGGUUAAAACCCCUUCAGUCACGUACCUUAAUCCAGCACCGAUGACCCCUCGGCGCUGGGUCAGGCUCCGCCCAUACUCCUCCCCCGCCAACGUCAGCCGACAAGGAAGACCUAAUGCGCAUGUGCCGCAAUGGCUGCGCUCGCAUUGGGAUUUCCCCUUUUCAGUUCAGGAAGUCCCUCUAGUGGCUGUCUAGUAGACAGUCACUAGAGGAGGAGUUAACCGUCAGAGGUAAUUAUUGCAGUUUCUCAGAAACUGCAAUAAUUACCACUGUAGGAUUAAGGGACAUUGGACAUUGCACCCAGACCACUCCAAUG